GUAAACUAAGAGAGAAAAUCAGUUCAUCGAGAUAGAACUGAAUCUUUGUUGUCUCUAAACCAUCUUAAUUUUAUUGGAGGAUGACCUUUCAGAGCAUUGAAGUGUGCUUUAUUGAGUUCAUUCAUGACCCUGCGCUAUCUAAUAAUUAUAAUAAAAUAAAGAUCUCGCAAUAUAUAUGUAGUAUUGAGUCAUCGUUAAGUUAUUCUAAACUGUUCCAAAAACUUGAAUUUAAAAAAAAACUCCUAAAACCGGAGAGAAAUUAGGAAAUCGGAAAGUGAUCGGAAAAAUAUGCUAAAAUCGGAACGUCGGAAAGUCGUCGGAAAAAAUUUCAAAAAUCGGAAUUUUUCCUGCCAUAUCGGAAGAUCUGGCCACCCUGACUGGCAUAGAUUUAUUAAAGUCAAUUUCAAUCUGCUAAUAUUUUCUUUAUGCUAUGUGACAAGAAAAUCAAUGUCAAUUUGAUUUUCGUAAGAUUAUUUUGAAAUAUAAUUCUCAAGUUUUUUUUUCAAUUUCAUAUAGUUCUUUUCUUCAAAAAUCACAUUAUUUUUUUUCAGGAAAACUUUUAUCUAAUGGUUAGGUUAUUUAGAGAGGUACUUCUUCUCCAGGUAAAACCUUUAAUGAUUUUUGUUUGAAAUACAUGGCACUUGAUUUUGUCUUGUAUUGAAUAAACAAAUUAAAUACGGAACUAUCAUUUGUUUCUUAUGACUUAUACGCGUAUAAAUGUUUCUUAUUGAAGAUAGUAAAUGCAGUCGAAUCAAAACCAAAUUUUUCGUUUUUCCACAUUGAAUUUCUCUUUGAACUAUUAAUAUAGAUGUCGUUACUUGAACUUGAUAGAUAAAGCAAAAUAGUGUCAUAGUUUUUCUCACAAAAAUAGUUUUUUCGUAUUACGUAACACUCUGUUCACUUUAUUAAAUAAAAAUCGAAGACUAAUAAUACUGGUCGAAGUAAAAGUCUUUGUUUCUGUCUGUAUCUGUGAUUGUAGUCUAGUCUUGCUUUACAAUAGUGAAUGCUUUGAUUGUUCAUUUUAUCUUUAUUUCAUACAUUUUCAUUUCAACAUGUACGACGGUUUCUAGAUAAUAAGUCUUUUUUUUUCAGAUGCCGAAUGAUCCGAGUAGAUACCGAUAUCGCAGAUAUGUAAGUCAAAACAAAUUUCAAUAAAAGAAUCUAUUUGAAUAAGUUGAAAGAAUGAAAUAGGACAGGGAGAUAUAUGUGAGGAAUAAAGUAAAUUUUCCGUCAUGGUUUCUUUUUUGGAAAAUUCACAGAUUCUCGAAACUGUUUAAAAAUUUUCGUCAGUACGGAAACUCACUAAAUGCUUGAUAUUGCUAUAAUUUAGAAAAAUAAAUCAUGAUGACCAAUCUUUUCUUAUAACAACGAAAUAGCUUAAUGCAAAUUAUUAAAAUAGCCUUGCUUUUGACAAUCAAAUAUUUCCCUUUUGCCAAAUUAAUGAAAAUCCAUACACUUGACCUUUUUUCAAUUAAUUCUAGUUUUCAUUCUUCACCCAUUAUUUUUUGCUUUAGAAUCAGAAUAAGCCUCUCGACGAAGAAGAAGCAGAUAUCGGCGAUGAAAAUCCUGUAAUCGAUGCUCCAUUGACAUCAUCAUCUGGAUUAUCAGUUGGAUCAUGGCUUCUAAUUUUUGCUAUAAUCGAUAAUUCAACUGAUAUAAUAAUUCGUCCAUUACCUAAUGGCUUACCAAAAACUGUUAUACCGUCACAUUAUGAAUUAUUUAUAGAUGCUACUCAUGUUGAACAAAAUGUUUUUACCGGCAUUGUCGAUAUUGAUCUUCAAAUCAACGAAAUGAUCAACGAAAUUAUACUAAAUAGUGUUGAUUUAAAUAUAACAAAAACUGAAUAUCAACAAAAAAAAACAAAUUCUUAUCUUCUUGAUGGUUCGGUUGAAUACGAUAAAGUAUAUGAACAAGUAACGAUUAAAUUUAUUCAACCAAUUAAUGCAGGGAAUGGUCGUUUACAUAUGGAAUUUAUUGGUGUGAUAAAUGAUCAACCUCAGGGAUUUUAUCGCACGAAAUAUAAGAGUCAAAUAUGUGCAUUUACACAAUUUGAACCUGCUAACGCUCGUCGAGCUUUUCCUUGUUUUGAUGAACCGUCAUUGAAAGCAAAAUUUACUAUAUGUAUCCGCGCUCCAAAACAUUUGACAACAUUGAGCAAUAUGCCGAUUAAAUCACAGCAAAAUGACACAGAUCAAGCAUGUAUUCAUGAAUUUGAUACCACACCGAUUAUAGCAACUUACUCAGUUGCUUAUGUUAUUGGAGCUCAUGAUUUUGUCGCAAUAUAUGCUGCGAAUAAUGAACUUAUUUAUAGGCAUGAUUGA